CAGUUGAAGGUGCUGCCAUUGAAGACCAGCGUGGAUCAGGACUGUAUUCUGAGUCUCUCCGCUCGCUGUCUGCUGCUGACGUGGAGAGACAACGAGAAGCUGCUGGUGAGGAUUCCCACACACGAGAUCGCUGCCGCGUCCUACCUGAGGGACGACGCGCUGCACCUGCUCGUCCUCAAGACAGGUUUGAACGUGGAUACAGUGGUUGCCGGGGACGACAGUCUGGACAGGAAAAAGCCAACUGGCAUCGACGGCCGACGUCAAACCAUGAGCUGCAACGCCGACCCUCGGCCUGCGGGGGGCACGAUGGAACGACGGCACACCAUCUGUGGAGUCGACUGGAGGCCGUCGCUGUCCAGGAGCAGCCACGACAAAAACCAGAACGUGGAGAGAGGGGGAGGAGGAGGAGGUGGGAGCUGGGAGAGGAGGGGAGGAGGUGGCGGUGGCGGGGGCAGCUGGGAACGGCGACAAGCCUGCACGGGAAGCUGGGAGCGGGGGAAGAGCUACGGCAGCUGGGAGCGGAGGAACCACAACCCACUGGAGCCGACGCCCUGCCCCGACGCCUACUGCAACCUGGUGAUCCUGGCUGUGGAGAACAGGGAUGCUGCAGAGGAGUACUGUUCUCUGAUCUGUCAGAUGUUCCAGAUCAUUUACGGCCAUCAGACCAUCGAGUGUGUCGACAGAGCCGGGUUUCACCACUCCAUGCCGGACCGCUACUGGCUUCAGAGGA